UAUACAUCUCGGGUUUGUUUUUAGAUCCUUUUUUUCCGCUGGAACGUCGGUUAACUUAAAAAAAUGUCCUGGAAACAUUUCUUGAUGCACGGACGCCAUAUCCCGUUCUUACUGGGCAUCCAGGUGGCUUUCAUCGUCUUGUUUGGGGUCUUUGUCGAGUACGACAAGGAAGCGCACAGCGCCAGAGCUUUCGAUAAAGAUGCAAAUGCGACCACCAACGAGGGCAACAGCCUCGGCCAUUAUUAUCCAAUGUUCCAGGAUGUGCACGUCAUGAUGUUCAUCGGUUUCGGAUUUCUGAUGACUUUCUUAAAGAAGUACGGCUACAGUGCUGUUGCUGUUAAUUUCCUGAUUGCUGCCAUCGUCCUCCAAUGGGCCACCCUUUGCCAGGGGUUCUAUCACACGUUCGAUGGCCAAAAGAUUCACAUUACCAUCACCAGUUUGUUGAACGCUGAUUUCGCGUCGGCCACUGUUUUGAUUUCGUUCGGCGCCGUCAUCGGCGUCACGACGCCACUCCAAUUGGCCGUGAUGGCCGUCUGUGAGAUUGCCAUUUUCGCUAGUAACGAACAUCUUGGCCUGGAAAUUUUGAGGAUUUCCGAUAUUGGAGCGUCGAUGCUCGUCCACGUCUUUGGCGCUUAUUUCGGACUGGCCGUUAGUUGCGUCUUGCGUCGCGACGUCACUUCAGAGAAGGAAGGCGCCACUUACAAUUCAGACAUCUUCGCCAUGAUUGGAACCAUAUUCCUGUGGCUGUUUUGGCCCAGUUUCAAUGCCGGACUGGCUGAAGGCGAUGCCCAGCACAGGGCAGUGAUCAACACGUAUUAUUCGCUGGCCGCUUGCUGCGUGACGGCCUUUGCCAUCUCCUCAUUAGUCAGCAAAGAACACAAAUUCGAUAUGGUUCACAUCCAAAAUUCAACGCUGGCUGGAGGCGUGGCCAUCGGCACAGCGGCGGACAUGAUGAUCAACCCGUUCGGUGCCAUGAUUGUCGGUAGUAUCGCUGGAACUGUGUCCGUUCUCGGUUAUCGAUACCUAACGCCAGUGAUUAACCGCAAAUUCGGCAUUCACGAUACUUGCGGCGUUCACAAUUUGCAUGGCAUGCCCGGCGUGAUUGCGGGAAUCGUCGGUGCGAUCACGGCCGCAGCGGCCACUCAAGAAGAAUAUGGAUACAGUUUGUAUAGGCAAUUCUCGGCAAGAGGACCGCUGGAAGGCACUCCCGAAUACGUUGAGCUUCACCAUCACAUUGAACAUCUUCAUCCGGGAUUGGGUCGUUCAGCUUCGAUGCAAGGAGGUUACCAGAUCGCAACCUUGUUCAUCACUAUGGCAAUAGCGAUCAGUGGUGGGCUAGUAACAGGGCUGAUUUUGCGUUUGCCAAUAUUCGGCAAGGUGCCCAGAGAUCAUUUGUUUGAUGACGAAUUAUCGUGGGAGGUGCCCGAAAGUGAGCACCAUCAUCAAGGGAUCAGUCAGGCUAGUCAUCACGACACGUCGGCUUCACCGAUGGUCCAUCACGGCAAAGCAGUGGGCGAUACGCACAUGUAAAACAAAUACAACGCGAAAAAUCCCGAUCACUGCCAGUUUAUAUUUUAUGUAUCUGUAUAAUUACUACAAUCUGUGGCGAGAAAAAGUUCAUAGAUUCAUUCUACUUGAACCCCCCUUAUAUUUGAUCGUUUUUAUGCCAAUGUGAUUACGAUUUACGUUGAUGCUCGCGUCAGUUCCUUUAUUUUUGGUCUUAUCCAUAGUUGUAUUGAAAGCAAACAAGCCAAAUGUUUAUUUAAGAAAAAAAAAAAGAGACUCUACCAA